AUGCAUAUCCAUCGGGGGUCAAAGCCCAAGUGGACGCCGCCUCCACGCCUCCACGAUCGCCAGUCCACGCCGCCUCAACGCCUCCACGCCACCUCCACGAUCGCCUCCCCCGACGCCAUCUACGGCCGACGCUGCCCCCGACGCCACCUCACGCCGCCUCCACGAUCGCCUCCCCCGACGCGCCACCUCACCCCGACGCCACGAUCGCCUCCCCCAACGCCAUCUGCGGCCGACGCCGCCCCCGACGCCACCUCACGCCGACGCCAUCUGCCACCGACGCCAGCUCAUGCCGACGCACCAGACAGCGACUGCCCCGACGCCAUCUGCGGCCGACGCCGUCGCCCCCGUCGCCACGUUGCGACCGACGCCAUCUGCCACCAACGCCACCGUGCCGUCGUCCCCCCGGGCCGGCCCUGA